UGACGUCAUGGACUGCAAUUCCAGCGGGUUUUCCCUUAAGGAGUGACCUUGCACUUUUGGGAAAGGAGUGACAUUUGCCUGGUAAACCCAUUACAUAUGAGAUCAGAAAGCCGACUACUCAAUCAUUUAUUUAACAAUUUCAUUGGAGAAUUGAGAAUUUAUUCAGCCUAUAUUGCGGACUAUUUUCACAUCAAUCUAAUCAAAUAGGAAAGCCUUUUGCCUAAUUUCCCCACCAUCCGCCUACUGUACUAUGGCACUGUAUCAAAAUAAAAACAUAGAAACUGAGUAGUAAAAUGAGUGUAUGACUAUGAAGGAUGAGAGGCUAUAUGGGCACUUAAGAAUGAACAAUACAGUGGGGUAUAAUUGGCUUGCCUUGGACCACAAACCAAUGUUGGUUUGCAGGUCAUUCAAAUGUCCACUAGAUGGCAGCAUUCACUUGGAGAAAAAAGUGCAUGGAAUAUCCCUGCAGCAAAGUAGGCUCUCGUCUCGUGUAGGCAGUUGUUCAGCCAUAUGAAAUGUAAGUCAGAGGAGGCUGGUGGGAGGCGCUAUAGGAGGACGAGCUCAUUGUAUGGCUGGAAGGGAAUCAAUGGAACGUAUCAAACGUAUGGAAACCACAUGUUUGACUCCGUUCAAUAAAUUCCAUUCCAGCCAUUUCAAUGAGCCCGUCCUAUAGCUCCUCCCACCAGAAUACUCUGGGUAUGUAUGUAUCGCCAUAGGAUAUUAAAAACUAGGCCUACAUUAUAUCAUGGGCUAUUUAUUAACAAUCACAUAUUAUCGUACUAAUAAAUGCUUACACAUAUUUGGACAAGCAAGCAUGCCCACUGCUCCUUAACAAAGACUUUAUAAUGCACAAUAUAGACAAGACUACAUUCAUUGGUCCCAUGUGGCUCAGUUGGUAGAGCAUGGUGUUUGCAACGCCAGGGUUGUGGGUGCGAUUCCCACGGGGGACCAGUACGAAAAAAAACAAAUGUUAUGAAAUGUAUGCAUUCACUACUGUGAGCCGCUCUGGAUAAGAGCGUCUGCUAAAUUACUAAACUGAAAAUGUAAUUUGAUUUGCCUAAGAAAGCACACAAUGCUUGACGUGUCAAAAAAAUAAAUAAGCAACAUCAACAAAAGUAACAGAAUGCGAGGUUUGCGCGCAUGCCUGCAUUCCUCCAAAAUAUUUCUGUAAUAAGCCUAUUAAAACGUUUUUGUAGUAAAACAGGGACGGUUCAAUGAUUGGCUGUGUAAACUUUGGUGCAGUCUCAUUGGUCGGAGAGAUCUUUGAGAAUGAAGGUGCUUUGAGGAGCCUUCUGGAAUGUCUUUGAAUGGGACUGGACUUGCGCUGCAUCGGGCUCAAAAAAUGCGCAUUUAAACACUGGGUCAUAACAUUGGAUUAUCUGUCUGUGGAUAUACUUGAAGCUCUCUGUCUUUAACGGAAUGACAAACCGACUCCAAUGCUCAAAUGGACUCAGAUUAAACGCUGGGAGCAGGUCUGUUUCUCUCUGUGUGUGAUCUGUCAAAUAGUUUUCAUCCAACUUUUUACUGGAACCAACUAAAUUUUAACGGACUAUAAUUCAACUGUACGAUCACAGCGCCGUUAUUAUAUGCCCCUAUCACUGGAUAUAAAGGAACUUUUAUUGUACACAUUUUUGGGGGAUUUAUUUGCAUAUUUUUUUUUAUCGGAUUUGUGCCAGAGAGGAGAAACGAAUAACAGGAGUACCCAAAGUGAAAGACAGGAAUUAUGUGCACACCAGACAUGACGACCUUUGCCCCCUUGCUUCUCGCUCUUGGCUACAUGGCGAGCGUUGCGUACGGGUGCCAACUGCCCACCGAGUGGCGUCCACUGAGUGAGAGCUGCCGUGCGGAACUGGCGGAGAUCAUUGUGUAUGCCAAGGUGUUGGCAAUUCACCGGGAGGAGUAUGGCGGGGCAGAGGGCAUCUACAACUCUCUGUAUGGUUAUGAGGGCGCAGAGGAAGGGUUACUCUACUCUGCAGAGGUGGAGCUCAUGUGUGACCAGGCUUGGGGCAGCAUGCUGGAGGUGCCGGCGGGCUCGCGCCUCAACCUGACAGGGCUGGGGUACCUGUCAUGCCAGUCUCACACCGUGAUGGAGAACUACUCCUAUAUCUUCUUCCUCCGGAUGGAUGAGAACUACAACAUCCUGCCCCACGGGGUCAACUUCCAGGACGCUAUCUUCCCAGACACCGUAGAGAACCGCCGUACGUUCUCCAGCCUGUUCCAGUUCUCCAACUGCUCCCACGGCCAACCCCUCCAGACCUUCUCCCCAGAGUGGGACCCCCAGGAGGACAGCAGGCUCCUGUGCUCCUCGGUGCAGGGGGCUCUGUUCGAGGAGGAGGAGAAGAGCAGGAAGCAGCAGGAGCGCCUGGGCCAGCUGGAGAGGAGGAACAGGCAGCUGAAGGAGCGCGUCCGGAAGGUGAAGCGCUCCCUCCGGAACGCCAGGAAGAGCCAGCGCCGGGCGGAGCAGGAGAGGCAAGGGCUGGAGGAGAGGCUGAGGUCAGCGGAGAGACGGGCUGGGCACCACCUCAAUACAAUCACACAGGAGGCUACGCCCAACAGAUACCAGGAGGCUGUGUUACACCACACGCCACACACACCGCUUUAGUCUCAGGACUGGAUGUUGUUAAAGACUGCUGGGCAGUCUCUCUAAUUCCUGUUGUUCACAGGCACGCACGCAUGCAUCCACACACACACAAUACUCAUUUAGUGACAUAUUCAGCCAUAUAUACUGUAGUUCCUACACACAUUACAUAGAGAGGGCAUCCAGUAGCCCUCGGAUAGCAGAGGGAAUUUGUAUUAGUGAAUGACUCGAGAGAAUGAGAGGGAGAGAGAUAGUGUAUAGCUCCUAUUAAUAAACAGCACUGUCAUACAGCUGAUGGAUAGACAGAUGAAAUUAACUUAGAAUGAGUAUAUGAUGAGUGAAUGAAGAAAGUGAGGUUACUUUCUGGUAGGUGUGUCUGUGGGCAUUUGUUCCAUGUGUCCUAGUGUCAACACCACCAAAGAGAAUGACCAUGAGGCAUUGGGAUUAUUAUAUAUGAAUGUAUUACUGAAGCUGCAUAUAAACUCUAAUCAUGAUUACUAA